UUAUGGGGAUUUGUGGAAAUGGAAAAUUAAUUGAAUCUUUAAUUCUUGGUUUUCCUUGCUUUGGUUUGUAAUUCAUGGAGAAUUCCCCAAAAUUACUUUUUUCUUCUUCAUGUUCCAAUUGGCUACUCAUCCAGUGAUUUGUAUUCAGUUUGAAAGUUCAUUACUGUUUUAGUUUACCUGUUUAUUAUUAGUUCAUUUUAUGAGUCUUAUAAAUGAAGCUGGACAUUCUUUAUUUUAAGUGGUGGUUAUUUUUGAAGUUCAUUAUCUGGAUGGAUUCAAUUUUGUAUUGUUCUUGCUUUUAUGAAAUGUUGGAGGUAUUGAGUUUCCAAAUUUGAAUGAGUAUUAAAGGUCUGUUUUGUUCUUUUUUGGUUGUAUAUCUUGUCUUCAUUUGCUCUGUGCAUUCGUUUCUUCUGUUGAAUCUCAUUCAUGUAGUAAAGCUGGGAAAGGGAGAGAAAAAAAAAAGGCAGUGUUGGUUGUACUUUGUCAAAAAUGGAGUUGUUCUUGCCAGAGGUUGCGUAGAAUUACACAACCAACUAUUGGAGUAACUGGUAAAGUUGCUGCCAUGUGACCAGGAGACCAGGAGGUCACGGGUUCAAAUCUUGGAAACAGCCUCUGGCAGAAAUGCAAGAUACGAUUAUGCUGAAACUUUCUCAAUCUAUUUCCAGUACUGCCUGUGGCAGUGCUGUUGAUGAGAUGGAAGGAUGCCGAGACAACUCUGCUGCUCUCACCCUUAAAAUCGUGGCCAUCUCUACUAUCCUAAUAGCUGGUGUUUGUGGAGUUGGCAUCCCAUUAGUUGGCAAGAAGCACAGAUUCCUUCGAACUGACUCUAAUCUAUUUUUUACUGCUAAAGCCUUCGCUGCUGGUGUCAUCCUUGCCACAGGUUUUGUUCACAUGUUACCAGGUGCCACUUCAUCAUUAACUAAUCCUUGUCUUCCGAAAUCUCCUUGGUUGAAAUUCCCUUUUGCUGGUUUUAUCGCCAUGAUGGCUGCAUUGUCUACCUUGGUGGUUGACUUUGUUGGGACUCAGUAUUAUGAAAAGAAACAAGAGAAACAAAACCAAAAAGAUCAGACUGAUUCAGGAGACUUGGUGUCGGAAUCAGCUAUUGUACCAGUUGAGCCAAAGCCAAGGAAUGAGAAAUUGUUUGGUGAAGAAGAAGGUGGUGCAAUACACAUUGUGGGGAUGCAUGCGCAUGCAGCUCAUCACAGACAUAGCCAUUCACAUGAACAAGGGGACGUGAGGGAGCAUUCCCAUGGUCAUUCACACUCCCAUAGCUUCGGUGGUGGUGAUGAGGAAGGUGGAGUGAGGCAUAUUGUUGUUUCUCAGGUAUUGGAGCUUGGGAUAGUAUCACAUUCUAUCAUAAUAGGCGUAUCAUUGGGUGUCUCAGAAAGUUCAUGUACAAUAAGACCCUUGCUCGUGGCAUUGUCGUUCCACCAGUUCUUCGAAGGUUUUGCAUUAGGAGGUUGCAUCUCACAGGCGCAGUUCAGUUCCAUGCGUUCCACUGCAAUGGCAACAUUCUUCGCCAUAACAACCCCGUUGGGAAUUGGUAUAGGGAUCGGAGCUGCUUCAUCUUACGAUCCACAUAGCCCAAGAGCUUUGGUGGUGGAAGGGAUCCUUGACUCAAUAUCUGCUGGAAUUCUAGUAUACAUGGCUUUAGUAGACCUAAUUGCUGCAGAUUUCUUGAGUAAAAGAUUGAGCUGCAAUACCAGGCUUCAAGUUGUUUCUUACUUAGCACUAUUCUUAGGGGCUGGACUCAUGUCCCUUCUUGCAAUAUGGGCAUGAAUGUUAUUGCAUUUAUUAGCUGCAUGUAACUUUUUUUGUUUUUGUAUCUUAUUAUUAUUCAUAAAAUCAGCCAAGCAAGUAAUUAUUUACAA